CCUACAUCGUAAGCGUCUCUAGAUAGGUAUUACUAUCAACAUGGUGUUUGGGUCUCGACGCACGUGAAUGUGGGGCAUGGAGAAACAGCUUUUUUUUUCUCUACCUACUGAUUGAACAUCCGCCAUCAAUCAUCAAGCAGCCCGUUAAUCUUCACCCACAGCCAUCAUGAAGAUUAAGGCGCUAAGCCAUUCGCUGUCGGCAUACCACCCUGCUGGAUCCGAUGUGCCCAAGGCGCCCCGUAACCUGGACCCGGCGAUACAUCCGUUCGAGAGAGCCCGCGAGUAUACGCGCGCGCUCAAUGCCGUGAAACUAGAGCGCAUGUUCGCUCAGCCGUUCAUCGGACAACUUGGAAAUGGACAUGUCGACGGCGUAUACUCGCUGGCGAAGGAUCCCAAGUCCCUCGAUAGAUUCGCCUCGGGAUCGGGUGACGGCGUCGUGAAAUGCUGGAGUUUGACCAGUAGGGACCAGAUUUGGCAUACGACUGCCCACGAGAACAUUGUCAAGGGCAUGGCCUGGACGUCCGAUCAAAAACUUCUUACCUGCGCCGCGGACCGAUCGAUCAAAAUCUACGACCCUUACCAUACCCCCGACGACUCGCCGCCUCUCCACUCCUGGCUCGGUACCAACGCCUUCACAAGCUUGAGCGUACACAGGUCAAGAAAUGCGUUCGCGGUUUCUUCCGACGUCAUAUCCGUCUACGAUCUCGACCGGUAUACAGCUGCGCCGGAAGUUCUUCGCUGGCCGGCGUCUGGCGAGACGGUCACCUCGGUGUCUUUCAACCAGAGCGAGACUUCUGUGCUAGCGUCUUGCUCUACGGAUCGUUCUAUCAUCCUCUACGACCUCCGAACAUCAUCGCCACUUGCGCGUACCUUCAUCCACUUUAGCUGCAACAAGUUAUCUUGGAAUCCGGUGGAGCCGAUGAAUUUUGCGGCGGCGAGCGAAGAUCACAACGUGUAUAUAUUCGAUAUGCGCCGAUUCGACCGGGCCCUCAACGUGCUCAAAGACCACGUGGCAGCUGUCAUGGAUGUGGAAUUCUCACCUACCGGACAGGAGCUCGUCACGGCAUCCUACGACCGGACGAUACGACUGUUUAGCCGCGACCGGGGACACUCGAGGGACGUGUAUCACACGAAGAGAAUGCAGAGGGUCUUCUGCGCCCGUUGGACCCCAGACUCCAAGUACAUCUUGAGUGGAUCGGACGACGGGAACGUUCGCCUCUGGAGAGCGAAUGCCUCCAAGCGGGAAGGUGUCAAGUCUGCUCGGCACAGGCAGGCGCUCGAGUACAACGACGCAUUGUCCGAGCGAUACAGCCACAUGCCCGAGGUAAGGCGCAUUAAGCGUCAUAGGCAUCUGCCGAAGGUUGUCAAGAAGGCAAGCGAGAUUAAGAAGGAAGAGCUGAAGGCUAUCAAACGUCGGGAGGAGAACGAGAGGAAGCACACGAAGAAGCAGUUCGAGAAGAGGAAGAGCGAACGAGACAAGGCGAUUCUGGCGAGGGAGAAGUGAAGUUGAUCGAUGAAGAGCUGCAUUUGCUGGGCGUUUUGAGGUAUGGGAAAAUACGAAUGGCGAUGAUACCAGGGGAACAUUCACGGGUUGUGGGGGGUUAUUUCUUCUGUCCUCCCCAAAGCACCUUAGAAGCGAGCUUGCCUCCUUGAGUGGAUAAGGGUGUAACUAUCUGUUUUCUGAAGGAUCCUGGUAACACCUGUGCCCACCACGAACAUAGGGCGUUGAAGCGCGAUAUGUGCAUAUUCCCGAUUUACUUGUUAUACAUAUAUGUAUGCACGUAUCAGUAUGACGGGGCCCUAAGAUGAUAUGUAGGUGGUCAAUGCAGGGGCCUCUGCCGAGUACACGGCGACCUUUGAUUGGAGGAGGCGCAGCCGAGAGGCGCGAGCUGGUAGUGGUUGAAACGGAAAACGCUCGGACCCUUCGUUUCAAGCGUCCGAUAGGGGGGGGAAAGUCCCCCCCUUUAUAGCAAUACAUCCAUCUAAGCGAUCUUGGAAUUUGCGUAGCAGCAGGAAUAGGGAUAGGAAUAAAAAUAAGAACGGG